GUGGCUCACGAAAACGAAAGCGACAAUAAGAUGCAUGCCUGCCAGAUAAAGGCUUAUUUUAGACAAAGGCGUAUUUUAGCGUUUUAUUGAAAAAAUAACAAAUAAUUAUUAAGUAUUUGAAGUUUUUUAAUAUUAGAUCGAUUGUGCAGUUCGUAUAAUGUUAUUUAGCCUGUGAAACAGACUGAAAGGAUAAUGAUCAGCUCACUUUCAGGAACGUUUUUGUGUGUGACUCUCCUGACUGUCUGCAACUUUAUGGAAUCUCAAUCAGAGCGCUUACAGUUGGUUGGUCCAGAAUCCCCUCCUGUUGCUGUAGCUGGUGAAGAUCAGGUUCUGCCCUGUUUCAUCAAACCCGACACCAGUGCAGUGGACAUGACAGUGGAGUGGAGAAGAGAAGAUAAAGGGUCUUCAUUAGUUCAUGAAUAUAAGGAUCGUGGAGAAAAAACUCCGGCUCAGUCCUACAGAGGUAGAACAUCACUGUUUAAAGAGGAGCUUCGGAAAGGCAACGCUUCACUCAAACUCUCAGCUCUCCGAGUCUCUGAUGAAGGAGAAUAUAAGUGUCUCAUUUAUGACGAAUCCUGGUAUGAAGACAUCACUUUUCAUGUUAUUGUUGAGGCUCAGGGAAGCCACCCAGUGAUCAGGAUGGAGAGUUAUGAUAACUCAGGAGGGAUUAAUCUAGUGUGUGAGUCCAGAGGCUGGAAACCUGAACCUGAGGUUCUGUGGCUGGACAGAGAAGGAGUCACUCUGCCUGCUGAAGAUACACAGAUACACAGAGACACUGAGGGCUUCAGUGUGAAAAGCCGCAUCACUGUUUAUGACUCCAACAGAUUUUACUGCAGACUUCAACAAAAACAUCACAUGAUGGAGACACACAUUAUUAUUAAUAGUGAAGUCUUUGGUGUUUGGAAGUGGAUUGUCAGCCUUUCAGUUGUAGCAUGUCUUUUUGCUGUUGGACUGAUAGUAACUGGGUAUUUUUGUUACAAGAAAGCCUCAGAGCUUAAACAAGAAAAGCAAUGUGCAGUGCUUUUAAAGAAGAAGUUGUUUGCAGUGGAUGUUACUCUGGAUCGUGAUACAGCUAAUCCUCAACUCACUGUGUCUGCUGAUGGAAAACAAGUGACACGUGCAGACACACGACAUGAUCUCCCUGAUACUCCAGGGAGGUUUAAUUUUCCCUGUGUUCUGGGAAAGCAGAGUUUCUCCUCACUGAGAUUUUAUUAUGAGGUGCAGGUCAGAGGGAAAACUGCAUGGACAUUAGGAGUUGUGAGUGAGAACAUUAACAGGAAGGAGUGGAUUACACGGAGACCUCAGACUGGAUUCUGGACUGUGGGACUGAGGAAUGAGAAUCAGUAUAAGGCUUAUGCUGAUACUGAUGUUCCCCUCCCAUGGAGAGAGAAGGUGGAGAAGGUGGGGGUGUUUGUGGAUUAUGAGGAGGGUCUGGUCUCCUUUUAUGAUGUAAAGUCCAGCUCUCAUAUCUACUCUUUCACUGGUCAGUCUUUCACUGAGAAACUCCGUCCAUACUUCAGUCCUCGAUACAAAUCAGAUGGUAGUAAUUCAGCACCACUGAUCAUCUCUGCUGUUACUGAAUAAAUAUCUGUUCACAUUCUAUAACAUUUUAAACUUUUUCACAGCUUGAUAUAAUCACCAGUUUAUUUAAAGUUUAUACAAAUGUAAACUCUGUUAGCUUUUUAAACAUAGAGUCUAUAAGAAAGUGUAUUAAAUCGGGCACUAAUAAUGCUUGUUGUGUAACUUCAGCAGUUUAAAUCAGAUUAAAAGCCAUUAUUAGAUUUCUAGAAAUUCUAUGAAGAUACAUGGAUGUUACUGGAUUAUUUGGAGUUUAUCUGCUGUAUAUCUGAUCCUUCUUAGAAACUGAAAGAAUGAAAGGAUUUAGAUGCCUCAUGAAGUUGAAUCAGACGCGUCAGUGAAGCUGCCUCUUGUUGCUCUUACUUGAGUUGAAUUUAGUGUUAACUAACAUUUUCUCCUCCACUAACAAUCACCACUUAUUAUAGGUGAGGUUCUGACUGGCAGGUGUAUAGCUGUUAAUGAGGUGAGUUUUCAGGUUAGGAUACUCAUUAGUGCUUAGUUAUUAUUUUCUCCUGAACAUGAUGUCAGUUCUUAGUGAAUGUUCUUAAUAUUUGGUAAAUGAUCAGUAACGUUUGUUUUGUGAUUGGACGUGGGAAUGUAUUUGGAUUAGACUUGCAUCUCUCCACAGACCAGCAAUUUUAAGCUCAGCUGAAGGUAUAGAGGAUGCAUUAAAAUAUGGCAGAAGUUAGUAACUGUGACUAAUGUGGCAUUUACCGUUUUGUUCUAUUUCUGAAUGGCUAGUAUGAAGAACAGUUUUUUUUUAUUAAAAGUUCCAUGUCUUUC